AUGUACAAUGUUCUUAAAGAUUUGAAGCAAGAACUUCAGGUUUGGCAGAAGGCCAUUCACGAGACACCGGACAACGAAAAGCAAGAGAAAGCCGUUGUAGACGAAAACGAAAAAUCGGAUCCGACGAAAUCGCCGCUGGCCUACCCUGCCAGCAAUAACAACAACAAACUGCCCUCCAGCGUGCCCCUCAAACCAUUGGCAGUGACCGACACGGGAAUCACUCAGGCAGCCCGGCAUUUCGCCUUGAACAUUGUUGGAGAUUUGCUUCGACGAGUUGGGCCCGAAACGUCCCCUCCCACAUUGCCGUUAGCUAUCGCUCUUGUUUGCUAUAAAAUCGCGAACGAAUCAGUAUUAAAGCAUCAGUUAUCUAGCUGUUUCAAACAAGUCACCUACUCCUCCAAAAUGAAGUUCUUCGUCCUCAUUGCCCUCUUUACUGUUGCUGCUGCCAAUUCCUAUGAUGCUCCUAAAUACGAGGCUCCUAAAUACGAAACCCCAAAGUACGAGGCUCCUAAAUACGAAACCCCAAAGUACGAGGCUCCUAAAUACGAAGCCCCAAAGUACGAGGCCCCUAAAUACGAAACCCCAAAGUAUGAGGCUCCUAAAUACGAAGCUCCUAAAUACGAGGCUCCCAAAUACGAGGCCCCAAAGUAUGAGGCCCCUAAAUACGAAGCUCCCAAAUACGAGGCCCCUAAAUACGAAACCCCAAAGUACGAGGCUCCUAAAUACGAAGCCCCAAAGUACGAGGCCCCUAAAUACGAGGCUCCCAAAUACGAGGCCCCUAAAUACGAAGAAGUCACAUACGCCGCUCAACCCUACAGCUUCGGAUACGAUGUCCAGGAUAAAGAAUCUUACAAUGACUUUGAGCACAACGAAAAAUCUGACUACAACGUUGUCACCGGAUCUUACCGCGUUGUUCUCCCCGACAGCCGCAUCCAGAUCGUCACCUACAAGGCUGACGCCAACGGAUACACCGCUGAUGUGAAAUACGAAGGUGAAGCCAAGUACCCGGAAUACGUGGAGCCCCAAUCCAAAGCUUCUGCUUCCUACGCCGCUCCUGCCUACCAGGCUCCCGAAUACCAGAAACCGGCUUACGUCGCUCCCGCCUAUACUACUCCAGCCUAUACUACACCUGCCUAUACUACCCCUGCCUAUACUACCCCUGCCUAUACUACCCCUGCCUACAAAGAGCCAGAGUACACUACUCCAGCCUACACUACUCCAUCCUACAGCACUCCAUCCUACAGCACUAAGGUCUACAAAACUCCAGCGUACAAAACUCCCACUGCCUCCCCUAAAUACUAAUUUCCAACAAUACCAUUGUCUUAAUUCUGGGAUUAUUAUUUAAAAAAUAAACUCGUCAAACAAUUUCA